AUGGACGCAGAAGGCUUGGGUUGGCUUUUGGUCCCGCUGCACCAGCUGGUUUCCUGGGGGGCAGCUGGGGCCAUGGUCUUCGGAGGGGUGGUGCCAUACAUCCCGCAGUACAGGGACAUCCGGAGGACUCAGAACGCCGAGGGCUUCUCGACCUACGUAUGUCUGGUGCUCCUGGUGGCCAAUAUCUUACGAAUCCUCUUCUGGUUCGGGAGGCGCUUUGAGGCGCCGCUGCUCUGGCAGAGCGUUGUCAUGAUCCUGACCAUGCUGUUGAUGCUGAAGCUCUGCACCGAGGUCCGCGUGGCCAACGAGCUGAACGUGAAACGCCGGGUCUUUGCAGCUGCAGAUAAUAAAGAUGAAGCCAGAGCCCCCCCCAGGCGGUCAUAUCUGGACUUCGACCCCCAGCACUUUUGGCACUGGAACAGCUUUGGGGACUACGUGCAGUGUGUCCUGGCCUUCACCGGUGUGGCAGGCUGUGUCACCUACCUGUCCAUCGACUCGGCCCUUUUCGUGGAGAGCCUGGGCUUCCUGGCCGUGCUGACCGAGGCCAUGCUGGGCAUGCCGCAGCUCUGCCGCAACCACCGCCACCAGUCCACGGAGGGCAUGAGCAUCAAGAUGGUCCUCAUGUGGACGAGUGGCGACACCUUCAAGACGGCCUACUUCCUGCUGAAUGGCGCGCCCCUGCAGUUCUCAGUGUGCGGGCUGCUGCAGGUGCUGGUGGACCUGGCCAUCCUGGGGCAGGCCUACGUGUUCACCCGCCACCCCCUAAAGCCGGCCCCCCACAUGGCGCACCCCGCCAGCGCCAAGGCCCUCUGA